AUGCAAGUUGAGGGUUUGGGACAAUUAGCAACUCCAUAUGCUGUAGAACAAGGGGUUGGGCAUCUUCAACACUUUCAACCAUCCAUUGUGGAUGGUCUUAUAGGACUUGGUGUGCUAUGUAUUUACACUUGUCAUUUACUUGGGAAAUGUCUUAAAAAGAACUCCAAGUUAAGAAGCUACGAGGACAUUGGGAAUCAUGCAUUUGGAGCAAAAGGAAGAGUCCUAGCUGCAACUUUCAUCUACAUGGACAUAUUCAUGUCCCUUGUUUCAUUCACCAUCUCAUUGCAUGACAACUUGAUCACAGUGUUGCAUCUGAAGCUACAUUUGGCAAAAUUAUCUGCACCACAACUUCUGACUAUGGGCGCAGUUCUGAUUGCUCUGCCUAGUUUGUGGCUCAGAGAUUUGUCUUCCAUAUCUUUCCUCUCAACUCUUGGUGUUCUCAUGACUCUUGUCAUUUUUAUGUCUGUAGCAGCCACUGCAAUUGUUGGAGAUGUCAGAGUUAAUCAUGAAAUACCCUUCUUCCAGCUCCACAACAUUCCAUCAAUUUCAGGGAUUUACGUCUUCAGUUAUGGAGGACACAUUGUUUUCCCCAAUUUGUACAAGGCCAUGAAAGACCCCUCAAAGUUUACCAAGGUUUCUAUUGUGAGCUUCACAAUAGUUACAGCACUCUAUACAAUAAUGGGGUUCAUGGGUGCAAAAAUGUUUGGACCUAGUGUCAAAUCUCAAGUAACUCUCAGCAUGCCCCCAAAUCAAAUUGUGACAAAAAUUGCAUUGUGGGCAACCGUGCUGACACCUAUGACCAAAUAUGCUCUUGCAUUUUCACCAUUCGCUAUUCAGCUGGAGCAUAUGCUUCCUAAUUCCAUGAGUGGCAGGACCAAAAUGAUAAUUAGGGGCCUCAUUGGUUCCUCUUUUCUUUUGGUUAUACUAGCUCUUGCUCUCACAGUACCUUAUUUUGAGCAUGCUCUCAGCCUCACUGGUUCCCUUGUUAGUGUUGCUAUCUCUCUUAUUUUCCCAUGUGCUUUCUACAUGAAGAUUUUCUGGGGUCACAUAUCAAAGCCUCUCUUGGUCCUCAACAUGUCUAUCAUCACUUUUGGGUUUCUUCUUGGAGUGGUUGGUACCAUUUCCUCCUCAAAAUCACUAGUGAAAUUUUUUCUAGCUCGUUAGGGCGCCUGGAAUGAUUCAGCAUUCUUGUGAUCACCUUCCUCU